UUGCGGGCCCAGGUGCCACCGUGGGUGCCUCCUACGUCCCCACCUCCUGCCCCCGGGCUACCGGCCUGUCCCCGCCCCUCCGCCUGACUGCAGGUGAAGCAGCCAAGGCCGCUGAGUAGGUGCGUGGGGAUGAUCUCACCCGCGCGCUCCGCGCCAGGAGGAGGAGGAGCGGGAGCAAAUCCAACUUCCGGGUAGUGAAGCCGCAAGCCACCGGCAUCUUGCUUUUUCUUUCCCCUCCCCCCACUGUACCCCUCGCCUCUCCCUCCUUUCCUUUUAUUCCCGGCCCCACCUGCCAAAAUGAACAGCUCGGACGAGGAGAAGCAGCUGCAGCUCAUCUCCAGUCUGAAGGAGCAAGCAAUAGGUGAAUAUGAAGACCUCAGAGCAGAGAACCAGAAGACAAAGGAGAAGUGUGACAAAAUUAGGCAAGAACGAGAUGAAGCGGUUAAAAAACUGGAGGAAUUUCAGAAAAUUUCUCACAUGGUUAUAGAGGAAGUGAAUUUUAUGCAGAACCAUCUUGAAAUAGAGAAGACUUGUCGAGAAAGUGCUGAAGCUUUGGCAACAAAGUUAAAUAAAGAAAAUAAAGCAUUGAAAAGAAUCAGCAUGUUAUACAUGGCCAAGCUGGGGCCAGAUGUAAUAACUGAAGAGAUCAACAUUGAUGAUGAAGAUUCAACCAUGGACCCUGAGGGUGCUGCCGAGACUUGUGUCUCAGUACAGUGUCAGAAGCAAAUCAAGGAACUUCGAGAUCAAAUUGUAUCUGUUCAGGAGGAAAAGAAGAUAUUAGCCAUUGAACUGGAAAAUCUCAAGAGCAAACUUGUAGAAGUAAUUGAAGAAGUAAAUAAAGUUAAACAAGAAAAAGAUGUUUUAAAUUCGGAAGUUCUUGAACAGAGAAAAGUCUUAGAAAAAUGCAAUAGAGUGUCCAUGCUAGCAGUAGAAGAGUAUGAGGAAAUGCAAGUGAACUUGGAACUGGAGAAGGACCUUCGAAAGAAAGCAGAGUCGUUUGCACAAGAGAUGUUUAUUGAACAAAACAAGCUAAAGAGACAAAGCCACCUUCUGCUACAGAACUCUGCUCCUGACCAGCAGCUUUUGAAAGCUUUAGAUGAAAAUGCAAAACUUAUACAGCUCCUUGAAGAAGAGAGAAUUGAGCAUCAACAAAAGGUCAAAAAAUUAGAAGAGCAGCUACAAAAUGAAACUCUCCGCAAAGAGAUGCACAACCUCAAACAGCAACUGGAGCUUCUAGAAGAAGAUAAAAAAGAAUUGGAAUUGAAAUAUCAGAAUUCUGAGGAGAAAGCUAGAAAUUUAAAGCAUUCUGUCGAUGAACUCCAGAAACGGGUGAACCAGUCUGAGAAUUCGGUACCUCCCCCACCUCCUCCUCCACCACCGCUUCCUCCUCCCCCUCCAAAUCCUAUCCGAUCCCUCAUGUCCAUGAUCCGGAAGCGAUCCCACCCCAGUGGCAGUGGUGCUAAGAAAGAAAAGGCAGCUCAACCAGAAACAGCUGAAGAAGUCACAGACCUGAAGAGGCAAGCAGUUGAAGAGAUGAUGGACAGAAUUAAAAAGGGAGUUCAUCUCAGACCAGUUAAUCAGACAGCUAGACCCAAGGCAAAGCCAGAAUCUUCAAAAGGCUCUGAAAGUGCAGUGAAUGAACUAAAAGGAAUACUGGUUUCGCAAACCUCUUGAGCCACACCAGCCAUUUAAAAGCCACUCUAAGUGGAAAUGGGCAUUUCCAAAGAAUAAAUCAACAGAAAUUAAUCAGAAAGUCUCUUCUCAAGUUCAGUUGCCUCUAAAUCAAAGAGACAAGAACAACUUUUUAAAAAUUCACUUUUAGGUCUUUUUUGAACAUCUUCAGUUUUUCAAAUUACCCAGGAAUUGUUGAAUAGUUAAUUUUGUUCCCUGACAAUUAGAGUUGUUGGUAUUAUGAACAUUUAUCUAACAUGGGGAUUAAGACUGUUAAAUGAUGAAAGCGGUUUGGAGUAGAAAUAGAAAUUAGAAAAGUUAAGUUCAAGGUCCAGCCCUAUCACUGACUUACUGUGGGACCUGGCCCAAAACGCUGAGGAUCACUGAUUUAUAGGAUUCUCUUUUCUGUGAAGUGAAGGAAUUGUAUGUACCACAUGGUGAUUUGUGAUUUCUCUAAUUUUAUGAUUAUAAUAUAAGUAGAUAAUUAAGACAGUCUUGGUACUUCAUUAGCUGAGCUCCUUUAUCACGUCGGUUGAGAUCCAUACAGAAACCUUUCCUCCAUAAUUGCCUCCAUAUUUAAAGUUUGCUCCUAUACUAACCUAGUCAACCGCCUUGGUCAGUGAAUGGAGAAAAAAAUUGGGAAUUCAAGGAUUAGAACUUGGAAAAUGAAUUCCUUCAGUAUCAGGUGCGAUGAGAGGAUAGCUCACCACAGUCAGGAGUUUGGGGAAGUAAUGCGGUUAUCCAAACAAAAAUAGAGACUCUUGUGAAAGGUAAAUUCUUCAAUAAAAGAUAUCCUUGGAAGGUAUAUGUGUAUGUACAUGUACAUACACACAUACACAGACACAUAUCUUUUUCUUGAAUUAACUCUAGCCAUUGGGAAAAUCACACAGAAUGUCCUUGAUGUUCAAACAGUCUGGUAGUUUGAGUGAUUUUAGUAAGGGCCAUAAGUUUUUCUGUUUACAAAUGAUAGAACUUUUUAAAAAUUAUAAACACAAAUGAUUUGGGAAUAGUUUUUCUAAUGCAUUAAAAAAAAUCUAUCUGAAUUGGUUUUAGUUCUGUUUUCGUUACCUUAUCAGUGUUAAUCCUACCUUACUAUAUAACUCUUUGAUGAGUGGGUACAGAUCUGCAUUGUUAACUGUUAAAUAAAGAAAUCAUCUAAUUUUUUAAAUUAUAAAAUAAGCUAUUAUAGUGUUACAUGUAAUAUGAUUUUCCUUUAAUGUAUUUUAUGAAUUUUUGCAAUAAAUCCAAAGUAGAAAGAGGUUCUUCCAGGGGGAAAGUAUCAGAUGCCUGAUUAAAAUAUGAGCCUUAAGAAUUUUCCACAUCAGUUUUGGUUAGCUAGCUGACAGCAGAGGAAUAUAAUCUCCUAAUCUUGUUGGUCAGUUUUCCCAGCAACAGACUGCUUUUCUAUAACUUUGUGCAGUUAGGGAGAAAAACACCUUUCUAACCGAACCAACAUAAUAACCUAUAUCAUGUGAGAUUUGUAACUACCUAACUUUACAAGCUACUUUUUUUGUUUUAUAGGUUAAAGAAGAAACAUGAGUUACCAUUUUAGCUAGUAGGAUUCUUAGAAUCGUUCAGGGAGUUGGCAGGGGCAGGGAGCAGCAUUCAGGCAAGCCCAUAGUGAGCUGAAGUGACAAAGGCUGGCCUACUUGUUAGCCUGGGUGGACAAAGCCUGCCUUCCGACUCUGGCCUGAAGUCUGGCAAGUUAUACCUGACUUGAGGUUCUGAUUUUCUCUGAUCAAAAGAUUGUGGUUCAGCUGGGUUUUUAUUCCCCCCUAAGCCUGCGGCACAGCUGAGGAGGGCUCUUUCAAAGAAAUAGGGGGCAUUUCUUAGAAAAGAAAAUGGACCACUUGUAAUGGUGGGGUGCUAAAUCCUUACCCCUUAAAUCUACGAAGAAGUGUGUCACCCAGUGUUCUGUACAAACACUUGGCUGGUAAUGGAGAUAGAAGACCGUAGCUCUCCCUCCAUAACAUACUUCCUGGAGGAGCCAGGGCAGGGGAGCACUGCCUGCGUCUUCCUCUGUCCUCUUGAAAGUCAGUACGCCUUUCAGCAGGAGCACAGCUUUAUGGCAUCUCUUGUUUCCUUCAGUGUCUUCCGGGUGCUGAGUAAUCCAUUCAUUCACUGCCUCCUCUGUUCAGGAGUGUGGGAUUACGGCGCCGGCCCUUCCUUGCCUCCCUGUAGACUGUAGCCUUUGCUCUUUCACAGAGAAGCGAGGUGUGCUCAGCGUAGCACCUCCUGGGUUAGGCCGCCGGAGAGCAUUAUGUGCUUCCUUAGGCAGCACGCCUUGUCACCAGGUGUGCGGCCAGGGUCAUUCUCUCUGAAGAAUCGGCCACAUUUUUCAGUGCCGCAAGGAUUUGGGUCAGUAACUCAUGGCUGCCAUGUCAAGAUAACCUUCUAAGGUGAGUUCAGUAUAUCUGUUUUCUUCUCCACGUGGUCGACCAACACACAUCAGAAUCUUAAUCAUCAAUGUGCAAGUACCUUCCCACCACUGAAUUUCAUAUAGUUAGCCCAUCAAGAGGUAUUCUUGUGCUGUUCUUUUGCUACGAAAGCUAACAUCUUACAUCAUCAGUAGCAUCUUCUUAAAUGAUCCAACACUGUGUGUUAAAGAUAUGCACAUGAAAAAUACAUAUAUAGCAAAUUCAUUUUAGUUCCUAAU